ACAGUGCCCCUGUUUAGCUGCCCGCGGGCCAGCCCCGGCCCUGGACACGGGGGGGCUCGCGGGGCACUAAGGCUUGUGUGUCUCUCUGUGUCCGCAGGGCAGCGGUCGCUUCCACGCCGGCCGGCGACGGCAAGCGCAGCUAAGUUUGCAUAUGCAGCUGGUAGAAUCAGAAACAGUUUGAGAUAUGCCUUGAUACCUGAAUGUAAAGGAGUAAGAGGUCCCAUCCUGCAGUCCUUAUUUACAUGGGUAGGCACCUGGAAAAGAACUGAACUACACAAAAUAAAAUAUGUCUCAACCAAGAAGAAUCCCCAGGCAUUUUGUUCUCUCUCAUGACCAGAACGGAGUAGCAGUACCAAAUGAGGAAAGCCAGAAUAGACUCUUAACAGUUCCAGACAACACAGAGCAAAUGGAGUUUAAUAUCAGCUCUGCCACCCAAGUUGGCCAUCAGCUGGCAGUCAUUGGGGAUGAAUUUAACAGCACAUACACUAGGAAGUUAGAGGACAUGCUGUUUCUUCUUGCACAGGGCAGGAUGGCUGUGAAUGUUUUAAAAAUACUCCAUAUGCAUGUUUGGAAAAGUAUUAUAAAAAGUUUCAGAAGUCUUUUGAACAAUGGUUGGACUAAGAGAGUUGUUCCCUGUGGAAGAUGGAUUUCUAGGCUUCCUCUUAAGUCCAUGUGCCAGAAGUUGAUGCCGGCAGCCCUGUUUGUCAUCUUAUUUUGGUGGACUGUCAGUUAUGGAUUGCAGAACUAAUAUAAAGAGUUGCAAUAGGAGGUCAUUGCUGGACAUGGCCAUUGUACUUAACACCCAGGAGGUGGCAUUUAGUUUGUUUUUUAAAGUGUUGUUAAUGAAAUCCCUAUUAUAUUUAAAACCUAGGCUAGUGCUGGGUCACUGCUGUUUCAUACUUUUUUAAAGAAAAAUGUUUAAAAUAAUAUGGGGUUGUUGCUGGAUAACUGCCUGAACUGCUAGUUUUGAAAUGUGUAAGUCUAGGUGAUUAAAGAGUCUGUUUCUGUCUCCUUUAUAUGCAACAUAAAUUACCUAAAGUUUUUUUUUUUUUAAAUGUUGGUUUGGGGAAGGUAGAAGGACUGCUGGUCAUCCUUUAACAUUUACAUUGUAAAACUUAUAGCAAAGAUUAAAAUCGUAAAGGUUUUAAAUUAAAAUGAAAAUUGUUGCUUGAAA